AAUUAUGCAUUUACUUUGUCCUAUUUAUGGGAGUGAAAAGUAUAGCAUUACUGUUGUUUUGUUGUUGUACAUGUAUGUAUAUUAUGUUGUGUUUCUGUUUUUAAAGUCCUCAUUCUUUGGAGAUAAUAAAGACUCAUCAUCACUAUUGUACUUGUAGAUGUUGUCAAGUGCCGUGGACUCUCUUGACUAAAUCAGAGCUCAAGAUUUUAAGAUCUUUAAGAAAUUAACACUUGAAAUUGCUGCCACUUUUUUACGAUUGUAUACACCUGCAUUGAAUUUACUAAAGGUAGCGAUGUUCCGAUGAGCGAUAAUAAUAUAAUUGAAAAUUGAUUGGUUGGGCAUGAAAAAGGUGACCAUUGAUUGUAUUUGGUCAUAAUUUAUAAUUGAUUCAACUGGCGAGUUUUUUACUUCUUUCCUCUUGUUAUCUGUGUUUAGUUAAUUUCCAUCAAUUUUCUCCUUUGAGCUCAUUUAUACAUUUGUAAGUGUUCAGAUGUUAUUGUUUACAGUAUGGCUGAAGAAAAAAUAACACUUAAUAACAUAAGCAUACAUGUAGUUAAGGAUAACAAGUUAUUGUGCAAGAAUAAAACUUCAAUUACCUGUAUUGUCAAGAAAUUAUUGUACUAUCUAUAAUCAGUUGAGUGGAACCGAUUAUUGGCAGUCAAACUGGACCCAAUUUCCAACAUUAACUUAAUGAGACAUUGACCCUUACGUCCGGCCCUGAGGCUCCGUGAUUUUGAAGCUGUGGAGUUUGUGAGACUCCCCAAAAGCUCAGGAAGACGAGCUAUGGGUGACGACAUACGAGCAGACAAAUCUAACACAAUUCCUCGGAAUGAUUACGAGAGUGAUAGUUAUGCACUCAGAAAAAAAUGCUUGGUAACAUUCAUAACACAACCAUUACCAAUGGGUGCAAACGAUAAUGGGAAAAGAACUAAAAUGAUUGAGGAUGAGGGCUCGAAACUAGAUGGAGAAGAAGUUGAUGUGGACAUAUUUGAGCUAUACAAAUUUAUUAACAGUCUACCGGAUAUGAAGCCUGACUUUAAGUUGAUGAGGAAUCAUACACUAAAUGAAAUAGACGAAAAACUGCAGAAGUUGGAGACGAAGGGAAAUCGGUAUGGCUCCUUCAUAUUUGUCAUUCUCACAUACGUACAUACUGAGAGGGAUGAAAUUCAGGUUGAAAAUAGGGGUGUGAUGGUGGAUCAUUUUUUCGAUACGAUCAAGUCAUUCGAAUCCAUGGCAGCAAAACCUAAGCUCUUCCUGAUUCAAGCUGAUGACCUGCGGAUGCUGAAGCCUACAACCACAACUAAGGCUGAAGCAUUUGAUCAUAAAGAAAACACCGAAAAGAUACCUACUGAUGCUGACAGAAUAGUCUUGAUGUCCACAAUUCCCCAGGAGUUGUCCAAUCGAGGACAGGUUGCACACCGAACAGAACAUGGCCAACUUAUCAGACAGACCUCGGAUGCCUCAAAGAAUCCAAAGAUGUCGCUUCUUGUUCAGGCUUUCAUUGAUGUUCUCACUGAAAACCCUGACACGGAUUUUCUGUGCAACACACCUCUUAUAGUUGGAAGAGUUGAUGCGCUUGCUGAGGACUUGAAGAAGAGGUUGGGGGCUGAUUACAUUGGCUAUGACAUUCCGGUCCCAGUGGUAACUUCCACGCUGACAAAGAGACUGUUCCUAGGCCGGAAGAUUGUUUAAAGACCAGCAUAGAAUUGAUGUUCAGUUCUUACUGUUGAAUGGUUAGGCCAUUGUUGAACUGGUAGCUUUAAAAGUACAAUCAUAACUAAUAAACAUUUUUGGAUGACAUUGUGUCAUCUAGUUAAGUCAAAAUGAUUUUAUAUAAAUGUUAACAUUUUUUUUCCAUUUCAAACUUAAACUGGGGUGAUUGUUCAGAACUCUGAUAAAGUUAACAACAUUUUUAACAAAAUCGUUUUUAACUUUUAAACAUGAACUAUUUGACGAUGUGGUUAUAUUUUUAAAUGAAACAAGUACAGCUGAAAAAGUUGUCUGAAAUCAUUUAAGAAACAGGGCAAUUUCUAAGAGUAUCCACUUAACUUCCAGUACAGUAACAAAGUUAACAACAAUGAUUUUAGCCAUGUUGUUAACUUUUCCAAAGUCCUAAACAAUCAGCUGAUUAUCAUACAGACUUUGCAAUAUUAUUAUUCUAUAUAGUGGAAAGAAUAAGCGAAAUGUUACACAGCAUGCUAUUCUAGCAGGAAUAACAACAUAUGCUGCUUAAAGUCUGUCCUGUAGGGCAAAACAUUCAUAGUUACUUCCCUGCUCAUUUGAUGAGGUUCCUCCAUACUCACUUGUUGAGAUACCUCCAUACUCACUUGUUGAGUUACCUCCCUGCUCACUUGUUGAGUUACCUCCCUGCUCACCUGCUGAGUUAUCUCCCUGCUUGAGUUACCUCCCUGCUCACUUGUUGAAUAAUUGCUGCUCACUUGUUGAGUUACUGCUCACUUGUUGAGUUACUGCUCACAUGUUGAGUAGCUGCUCACUUGUUGAGUUACUGCUUACUUGUCAUGUUACCUCCCUGCUCAUUUGUUAGUUCUCUCCCUGCUCACUUGUUGAGUUCUCUCCCUGCUUCCUUGUUGAGUUUCCUCCCUGCUCACUUGUUGAGUUAUCUCCCUGCUCACUUGUUGAGUUACCUCCCUGUUCACCUGUUGAGUUAUCUCCCUGCUUGAGUUACCCCCCUGCUCACUUGUUGAGUAUUCUCCCUGCUCACUUGUUGAGUUACGUCCAUACUCAUUUGUUGAGUUAUCUCCAUGCUCACUUGUUGAGUUACCUCCCUGCUCACCUGUUGAGUUGCCUCCCUGCUCACUUGUUGAGUUACCUUUCUGUUCACUUGUUGAGUUAUCUUCCUGCUCAUUUGUUGAGUAACCUCCCUGAUCACUUGUCGAGUUACCCAAUGCUCACUUGUUGAGUUACCUCCCUGCUCAUUUGUUGAGUUACCUCCCUGCUCACUUGUUGAGUUACCCAUUGCUCACUUGUUGAGUUAUCUCCAUGCUCACUUGUUGAGUUACCUCCCUGCUCACCUGUUGAGUUACCUCUCUGUUCACUUGUUGAGUUACCUCCCUGCUCAUUUGUUGAGUUACCUCUCUGUUCACUUGUUGAGUUACCUCCCUGCUCACCUGUUGAGUUACCUUCCUGCUCACUUGUUGAGUUACCUCCCUGCUCACUUGUUGAGUUACCUCCCUGUUCACUUGUUGAGUUACCUCCAUGCUCACUUGUUGAGUUACCUCCCUGCUCACUUGUUGAGUAACCUCCCAGAUCACUUGUUCAGUUACCAAAUGCUCACUUGUUGAGUUACCUACUGCUCACUUGUUGAGUUACCUCCCUGCUUCUGUCUUGUAUAUUAUCGUUUCUGGUUUCUGUUUUUGGUGCCCUUAUUAACUUUCAUACAGAAAAGUGUACAAUGCUGUAUGUUGUAAAAAGCAAAGCUUUAAGUUUCAAACAUAUAAAAUAAAUCCUUAAAUAUACAUGUCUCAAUUUUAAUAAAACCAUUUAUUGUAAAGGUCUUAAUUCUUACAAAAAAAGUAAUGAAACAAUCGUGGAUAUUAUGUGUAACUAGCGAUUGAAAGGAAAAUUAUUCUAAAAUAACACUUAAAAAAAAUAAAAUUACUACUACAUGUAAGCUUGAAAUUAAAAAAAAAUUUGUUUAUGACAGUAUUUUGCAUACAUAUCUUACCUAGAACAUGCUACUAUAUAUACCGGUGUGAAAGAACUUCUAUAAAACAACAUAAUUCUAAGUAUAGUUAUUGUUAAUAUUGUUUGCUCUUUGGUUUUAGUCCUUAACUAAGGUACUUGGUAAAGUUAAGUGUAUUGUUAAGUUUGUUACAUUUUGUUUUUUAUAUGUUGUGUAUAUUUUUUCUGAUGUUGUUAUUGUUUUUAAAAAAAAUUAAAGAUCUCAUUAUUUCUUUUACAAAAGUUCAAAUCAACUCGUAUACAAGUCAUUGUUUAGUAGAGCACAAAAACAAUUUUGUUACUUUGAGCGUUAACAUACACAUCUACACACUUACAUAUACACACUCUCAAACAUUCACACUCUCAAACAUUCACACUGUCACACAUACACACUGUCACACAUACACACUGUCACACAUACACACUGUCAAACAUUCACACAGUCAAACAUUCACACUGUCACACAUACACACUCUCAAACAUUCACACUGUCAAACAUUCACACUGUCAAACAUACACACUGUCACACAUACACACUGUCAAACAUUCACACUGUCACACAUACACACUCUCAAACAUUCACACAGUCACACAUACACACUCUCAAACAUUCACACUGUCAAACAUACACACUGUCACACAUACACACUGUCACACAUACACACUCUCACAUAAAUACACUCACACACAUAAACACACUUGCAGACACCUCACACAUGUUCAAACAUACUUGUUUUUUUUAAUUGCUACAAAAAAUGUUGGAUAAGACUAUUUUUUUAUAAGAUUAUUUUAAUAUGUAUUAUAGUUUAUGUGCCAUGCAUUGGAUAAUUAUAUUAAAGGUUUUAAGGUUUUAGUUUCAAGAUGUUCCAUUUCAUAAUGUGGGAUUCAUAUUUAUCUUUAUGUAGUGCCAUUUGUUUAAUUGUUUUAUUUUUUGAUAUGUAUCAUUUUUAAAAGUAUUAAAGAGUUUGUACACCUGAUUGGCACCAAAAAAAACAAAUCUCAGGACAAUUAGAAUGUGUAACGCUUUGUUAUCAUAAUUGUUAAAAAAGUACCAAAAUGUAAGAAAGAAUUGUGUCGGAGACCGGGUUCAAACCUGUGUCGCCAAAAUUGCAAUCUAGCGUCGUAUCCAGCGAUACGACAGCUUACCCUAAUUGGGUGACAUAAUUAAGCUAUACACCUACCUCGGUAAUAUCACGUGAUAACACGGACUAGCCAAUCACGCAUAAGGAAUGAAUUCUACCUGGUAGACAUACCGAGUAAUCUUUUUUAAUGGAAAAAUAUGAAAUAACUGCUAAACCUAAGUUAAUUGUAAACUAUGUGUUACUUCAAUUAGUGAGUUUCAAUGCAUUGAACACAUCGAUACCAAGUUUAUGUCAGUUUUCAACAAUUUUCUUUUUUCGCUAUUUUGUCAUACGGAGUACAGCCCCUUUAAUUUGGACAUCAGUUAUAAAUUUGAAUGAUUAGUUAAUUAUUGUUUAAGUAUUAUGUUUAAGUGACAGUGAUAAGUGUAGCAAGAAGCAAGUUGUAGACCACAGAGAUGGGUCCGGGAUUAGUAGUAAGGGGUGGCGGGGGUUGGGUAUGUAAAAGGUGGACAUCUCCCAAAUUAGGCUGCAACAAGAGGUGGAUCCUGGUUUUGAUGUUAGAGAGGGCAUACUUUUGAGGUGCACUUUUUGGUACCCUCCCAAAUGAGGCUCUUAACUGAGGUUGUUCCAGGAAUUGACAUUAUUCUGGAGGUGCACUUUUUGGGGAAAGGUCAUUAUCAUAUUAGACUGUAAAUAGCCCCCAGCCCCCCAAAAAACAACCAGCUUGGUUCAUUUUUGUACUAUUAAUGCAUAAUUAAUCCUACAUAUUUACACGAAAUGUUCACAGGACAAUUUCAGGGGGAGACUGGGCUGGGUGCUCCCCCUUUUGAAUGCACUGGUGUAUUUUAUAACAUCAGAAAAACUGAUGGAACAAGUCGUUUAAAUGCUAAGUACAAUCAUUUUCAGCAUUAAAAUGUUUGUUUGUUUUUAUGAAUUGUUAUUUUUAUUAAGAUGUGUAACUGUUGAUUGAUGUGUUUCAUCAAGGUUUUUAGGGAAGUACAUCAUAAAUUUGUUAAGUGCAUAAUAUAUUUUUAAGUACAUCAAAAAAAUAGUUUGGUUUGAGUUUUUCUUCAUUAAAUGUAAAUAGGAAAUCAGUGUGCUGUUAUAAUACUGUCUAUCUAAAGUCUGCUUUGAGUACACAAUUUAUCUUAAGACAUUUAAUAAAACAUGGAUAUAUUUAUUAAAAGUGUAAUGGUAUGGCAACAUUUAUCUAUUAAAUAUCACAUGAAAUCCUUUGUUACUGAAAUGAUAAAAAAAUAAAAAUAAUGAUAUUUUACGUAAAACUUUGUGAUAUUUUUUUUAUUUUAAUAUCACAUUAAAUGCAGUGCCAUUCUUUGUUGACAUUCAGUAAAAAGAUGUUUGCAUCAUCAUACUUUAUUUACAGUAAUUUAAAAUUUACUUGUGUCAUAAAUAUUCACAUGGAAAGUUGCAUGUAGAUGUGUAUGUUAUUAUCUUUGCAUUGUUGAUCUGUAUGUUAUAAUACAUAGAAAGAUUGACAGCGAAGAAUUUCACAGUUAAAUUUAAAACUUAUUUUCUUGUUAAGUACAUGUAGUUUAAAAUAAAAUAUUUAAGGGACUCACUCAUGUUUUAGCACCAAACUUUAUUUCAUGGUAAUUUAUUUGAAAACACUCCUAUAAUAAUUAUUUAACUCUUGAAUAUUGAAAAUGAAGAACAAUCAAUAAAAUUCAGUGUGAAAAAACCCUGGUUUUGUGGGGAGUGAGCCCAAGCCGGUGCAGUCAAGAAUAUUUAAAACUGCUUGUCCAGGAGAACUCUUACAUAAAUUGAGGGAUAGUUUAACCUUUUGUAACACCUUUUUUGUAAAGGCGUUACUAAUGCAUUAAAAAUCAUGGACCUCAAAGAAAUAUCUGAGUGAAUAUCAACAUUUGUUGAAGGGUUCCAGCAAGUCAGUAUCUUAGUUUUAACAAUCCUAAUUAUUUGCUACACUUUAUUUCGUCAUAAAAGUGCAUUUUACAAAACAUGAGCAAGUCCCCUUAAAUGCCUGAUCUUCAUGCAUGUUACUGUACUAAUUUUCAGUCAUCAUUUUGAUUUCAUCUUAUAUAAUGUUACAUAAAAUGUGCAUUUGAUGUAUUAUUUCAUGUACUAUAAUUUGUCAAACUAAAAUGGUGAUUAAAUAUCUUAACAUAC